UGCGGUACCAAGAGAAUAGAUGCCUCGACUUGAUUGUUUUAGCUUGUUGGUCUCGAUGAACUUUAUAUCCAUUUCGCCGAGAAUUUUGAUUAUUGGGACAUUUCUUUUGCUUGAAUUCCCUAAUCCCAAUAGUAACAUUCGCCAUCAUACGUACCCUAUACUGUUCCUGCCAUCCCCAGAGAGAUGGCAAAUAGAACAUUACUGUUACAAAUACAACUGUACAGCAUUUGAUUCCCUGGAAAGAAAGACUAUAAAAGAAUCGAGGAAAUGUUUUCACAAUACAGAAUGGCUAGCAGUUAGCGAUUUGCAAUUUAGGAUCAUGCAAAUCUUUGUGUAUCCUUGAAAAAAUUUCUCAAUUUAGAAUUUACAUGAUGAUUAGUAUUUGUACCCUACAGGAUGGCAUCUCGAGCCCCAUCGCGGCGCACAUCCUAGACUUCUGCGACGAUGGCAGCGGCGGAGACCUGUUCGCGGCCGUGAACGCGGCCUCGGACAUGUUCACGGCGUCCUCAGAGGAUGCCUCGUCGUCGUCCGUGACGACGCCUCCCGCGCCCUGCAGCCACGGCGACAACGUGUCGUCGGGCGCCGCGGCCGCUGCCUCGGCCUUCUCCCCCAUGGCGUCGCUGGACUCCACCUUAUCGGCUCUCCUCGAGGAAGACGAUCCACCAGUUCCCGACACCGAACUCUUCCUCCCCAUCGAUUACCAGUUUGCGGCAGCGGUCGCCGGGGACGAGCCUCAGCCGGAGCAGCAGUUCGACCAGGUCCCGGUGGCGCUCCCGGUGGCCGCCGCGGCGGCGGAACAGCCAGCUCUGCAGACGCAGAUGAGCAGCACGGCGUCCGAGCUCAUGCACCUCACCUCCUCCGGGUACAGCGACGAGUGCUUCGCGGCGGCGAUGGCCGGAGGAGGGUACGUGGGCCUGGACGAGGCCCUGUGCCAGCAGCAGCCGCAGCCGCCGCUGCAGCCCGGCGCGUUGCUCCCGCCCGGCGUCAUGGACACCGCGGCGCAGGGGUACGCGGUGGCGCAAGGCGGCUUCUUCGGGGCCGGCUGCACCGGCAUGGUGAUGUCCAUGAUGGGGAUGGAGGAGAUCGGCGAGUACCAGCGGAUGAUGGAGAGCGCCAGCGCCGCGCUGUCCGCCACGCACAGCGCCGACGCGGACUCAGCCGCCGCGGCGCAGAUGGCGGCGUUCGGCGGCAGCGCCGGGGAAAUGCAGAUGGGCGGCGGCAUGAGCCCGGGGCAGCUGCCGGCGGCCGGGGCGGUGACGGAGGCGUCGAGCCUGGAGGACGCGAGCUUCAAGAGCGCCCGCAUCUCGACGGAGGAGAGACGGGAGAAGAUCCACAGGUACAUCAAGAAGCGGAACGAGCGCAACUUCAGCAAGAAGAUCAAGUACGCUUGCAGGAAGACCCUGGCGGACAGCAGGCCCCGCGUGCGCGGCAGAUUCGCCAAGAACGACGACUACGGCGAGCCGUCGAGGGCGAUGCAGAACCACGACGAGUAUGAUCAGAUUGCCGGCUUGAAGGGAGAAGACAUGCUCGACCCUGACGCCCUGCAGGCGCACCUCAGCGGGAUGAACUCCUACAUGUACAACCACACGGUUGAAUCCUGGAUGUAGAGCAUGCAGGACGAUGGCUAAUGUUUCCGUUUUGGUUUCCUAAUUUUGUGCAGAUUUCAACAGAGCCUUUUGGUUAUUUGGUGCCAUGGAAUAAUUGAUCUUGUAUAGGUUAUAAAGUGCAGUGCUCAGCUUUGAGUUGCUAUAGAUCUACUUGUUACAGUAUGCCAAUCUGAUUUCACCCUGUUACAAACUUACAAUAGCCCGUAGUUUGCAUCAUGCAAAAGAACCAGGGUGGUUCAGAGUUUUGAAGAAAAUAACGCAUGUGUUGAGGAUAUAUAUACCUUCUUAAUAGAAAGAGAGCUUCGGAUCA